CGGAGACGGUAUUUUGGGACAGCUCGUUCAAUGUCCCCGCCGUUUUUUGUUGCGAAUAUUGUGCGUGGCUUCUGCUAGUGUAGCACGGGAGCUGACGUUAAUCAGCAUUAUGACUGAAUCGUGGAUAUUUGGACCUGAUAAACUGACGUGCGGCACACCUCAAGAUGGCAGCCUCUGAAGAUAUCCAGGUCAAGGAGCUUGACAAGCGGGCCUCUGGCCAGGCCUUUGAGGUCAUUCUGGGUGCUCCUGCUCCAGAUACCAAGGGCGAGUUCCCGCUGUCUCCCCCCAAGAAGAAGGAUGUCUCACUGGAGGAGAUUCAGAGGAAGCUGGAAGCUGCAGAGGAGAGACGCAAGAACCAUGAAGCAGAGGUUCUGAAGCACUUGGCUGAGAAGCGUGAGCAUGAAAAGGAAGUGCAACAGAAAGCUGCGGAGGAGAACAACAACUUCAGCAAGAUGGCAGAGGAGAAGCUGAAUCAGAAGAUGGAGGCCAACAAGGAGAACCGCACAGCAAUCAUGGCAGCGAUGAAUGAGAAAUUCAAGGAGAAGGACAAGAAGUUGGAAGAGGUUCGAAAGAACAAGGAAACCAAAGAUCCCAACUCAGAAGAAGGCACUUCGGAAGACUGAAAUCUGGAAAUGGGGGAUUGUAUAGGGUUUUUUACGUAUCCAAAGAUUGAUUUAUUUUUUGUUGUAUUCACUACCCACCUUUUUGAAAUAAGAAAUACAGGUUCCACUUUGACUUUUUCAAUUCUCCUGCUAUAAAGUGUACUUGCGCUGUUUUACAUGUGCAUCAUCCCCCUGUAAUCCAUUUGAUAUGUAGCUUGUCAGUUCAGCUUCUGCCCUUUUUUGAAAACUAGCAGUGUAGACUUUUUGAGGAAGCAUGCUCCUAUGCAUAGGUCUUUUUAUCAUACCUAUUUCAAAGUGUGUUUUGAGAACGUCCCUGUGAACUACACCAGUUCUUGGCACUAACUGUACAUCUAAAAACAAACUAGCACAAGGUUUGAUGGAGGCUUCAGCUGUUACAUGUGCAGGUGUUUAGUGCAGCUUUCGCUACCCAGAUUCUUCUAGCUGUUCUCGCAGAUCAUGUUUUGUGCUGCUGCCAACGCUGUGAAUUAACAUGCCAGACAUGGAAAUGGAUAUCACCUAGAACACCAUGAACAGGGGUCUACAGAUGGAAUGCAAGAGAGCAAUACACUUUGGCAUCUCAAUAGAUACGCUGGCUAGUUGACUUGAACUGUUGUACUAAACUAAAUAAAAAUGUAAACAUGAUUUUCUGUUGAAA